CAUCACGUGUAGCGGACGGAGCGCCUCAAAUACGAGCGCAGAGGCCCGCCCCCUUAGUGGCCCCCUGGCCUCGUUGUGGCUUCCUUCUUCUCUGGCAAGCGCCUGCGGGUGCUGUUUCCGCUUGCAGCCGUACUCCAUGGAGGAGGGAACCGGCCCCGAAAGAGAACCUUUGCUGCCGCCACCGGCAGCUCCCGACUGUGACCGAGGGUUGGGUCGCCUCUACUCAGGCAGGGACACCACUGCCCCACGGGACGACGGAAACUGCGGCGGGUCCGCGGCCUCCUUGUCUUGCCCUGUCGGGAACGUUGCUGAUUAUCACAAUCUCUACUUCAACCAAGCAGUAGUAUUCAUUGAAGAUGCAAUUCAGUAUCGUUCCAUAAAUCACCGUGUGGACUCUAACUCCUUGUGGCUUUAUCGGUGGUAUUACUCAGAAGUUUGCCAAUGGAUUUUGAUUGCCACCAUUACACUAAUCCUGGCUCUUGCUUUCAUCGAGAGCCCUUCUUCACUUACUGUCACGUCAGAUGUACGAUACCGCGCAGAAGCCUGGGAGCCUCCUUGUGGCCUGACUGAGAGCAUUGAAUUGCUUUGCUUCCUUGUCUUUAUAGUGGAUGUCUCUGUAAAGAGCUACCUAAUAGGAUGGGAAGAAUUUCAGAAAACCAAGUGGUUGAUGGCCUAUAUCCUGGUGCUGCUAGCCUCCCUUGCAGACUGGACUAUUUCACUGAGCUCUUCCUGUGGUGAGAAUCUGAGAGUAAGACGAAUCCUUCGACCUUUCUUCCUCCUCCAGAACUCUUCAAUGAUGAAAAAGACACUAAAAAGUAUCAAGAGGACAUUGCCAGAAAUUACAAGUGUUAUGCUGCUAUUAGCUGUUCACCUGUUUCUCUUUACCAUGUUUGGCAUGUUGCUGUUUGCUCGAACAAAGGAUGGUCAGCAGGACAAGGAAUGGCAAGGAUAUUUUCACAACUUGCCAGAUUCAUUAACUUCAUUGCUGGUACUGCUGACAACAGCAAAUAAUCCAGACGUGAUGAUUCCUGCCUAUUCUAAGAAUCGAGCAUAUUGCAUCUUCUUUAUAUUCUUCACUGCAAUAGGGAACUUAUUUCUGAUGAACUUGCUGACAGCAAUAAUAUACAAUCAGUUUCGUGGAUAUCUUCUGAAAUCGGUUCAGUCCUCACUUUUCCGAAGACGUUUAGGAAUCCGGGCUGCAUUUGAAGUUCUUUGCUCUCUGAAAGAGACUUCUAUCAAUAAGAAUGUCUUGUGUGUCCAAUCUGAGACCUUAGUUCAAGUACUUCAGAAAGUAAAAAUGGAUUCUGAUUGCAAGGAAGCAAUCAUUGGGAACCUUGAGGCGUAUCCCCCAGGAGGGCUGUCUGCUGCUCAGUUUCAGACACUCUUUGAUGAACUUGACAAACACAAAGUUAAAGAGCGUCCUCCCAGGCCAGAUUAUCAGUCGCCUUUUCUACGGAGAGUUCAAUUUGUCUUUGGUCAUCGCUACUUUGGGUAUUUAGGGAAUGCUGUUGCUCUAGCAAACAUUUGCUGUGUGUGCGUGAUCAUGGUAAUAGAUGCAGAUAAGCCACCAGCUGCACGGGAUGACUUCUUUUUAGGGGUUAUAAACUGUUUCUUCAUUUUCUACUACCUUCUGGAAAUGUCGUUGAAACUGCUAGCUCUGGGAUUAAAAAGAUAUUUAUCUUACCCAAGCAACAUAUUUGAUGGACUUCUGACUCUGGUUCUGAUGGUUUUGGAAGUGUCAACUUUUGCUGUGUAUGGAUUUCCUCAUCUGGGCUGGAAACCUGAAAUGUUGGGCUUGCUGUCUCUAUGGGACAUGGUUCGUCUAGCAAACAUGCUUAUAGUGUUCAGAUUUCUGCGGAUCAUCCCCAAUAUAAAGUUCAUGUCUUUAGUUGCCAGUACAUUGCUAGAUCUUGUGAAAAAUAUAAGAGCCUUUGCAGGGAUCUUGGUGGUGGUUUUCUAUACGUUUGCAAUAGCAGGGAUGGAACUGUUUAGGGGUGCCAUUGUUCCCAUGGGCAAUACCAGUGUUGCCAACAUGACAACUGGAAAUGCCACUUUCCAGUGUGGCACAUUUGAACAGUUGCAGUAUUGGCCAAACAAUUUUGAUGACUUUGCUGCAUCACUAGUGACUCUAUGGGAUGUAAUGGUUGUGAACAACUGGCAGGUUUUCCUGGAUGCGUAUUCCAGAUACUCAUCUCCAUGGUCAAAAUUAUACUUUGUCACCUGGUGGCUGAUUUCCUCUGUCAUCUGGGUCAAUCUGUUCAUUGCCUUACUUCUGGAGAAUUUUAUUCAUAAAUGGGAUCGUCUCUGCCAUCGGCCAUCUCUCUCAGAAGUUGAAUAUCAGAUGACAGUGGAACUCAUGUUCAGGGAUGUUUUGGAAGAACCUACAGAAGAAGAGCUAAUUGAAAAACUUCACCAACAUCCACAUAUGCAUCUGUGUAGAUGACCCAGGUGGAAACAGCAGUUUAUCCUAGUUAGGCCUGCAUGCAGGUUUUAUAGCAGAAGAAUGUAUUGGAAACCUUUCCAAAAGGAGUGCUAUAUUUUUUAUUUUAUUUUUGAUUGUUGCCUUUAGUACACUGUCUUUAAAGGCUAGCAUUGGCUCAUUGAAAACAUUUUUUAAAUCUUAAUUUGAUUUUAUUUUAAGUUUACUUUUAUGAAAUGGUGCUGUCACAUUAAAAAUAUGGGACUAUGGUGCUGUCACUAUGGAAAUCUGGGAAGUAAUGUGACAGCAGUUAACUAUUUUUAAGAAGAAAAAUAUAUUGAUGACAUUGCACUUUAAAAAUGGAAACUGUGGAAGAUGUAUAAUUGAUAUGCUGGUUGUUGCUAGCAUUUGAAAAACAAAAACAUAAACCCUGUAAAUAGCUGAGCUUCCUGUUCUCUUACAUGUGUUGUGUGAUGUGCCAAGGACAGUGCCUUAAUACUGGGAAAGGUUUUGGGGAAAUGGUUUCUUUUUAGUAAGUAUGGAAAUACUUAAUGCAAAAUCUGAGGAUUAAAACAAGAGGCCAGUGUCCUGGUAAUUCAUUUACAAUAUCAUAUGUUCCAAAGGAUUAUCAUAUGUUCCAAAGGAUCAUAUCUAUGUUAAAAUGAAGACUAAUAGAGUGCUUGUAUAUAAUGUUGGUCUGCAUCUUCAUAGCACUUCUGUUCAAGUAGUACUUGUACCUGUCACUGGGCUACUCUGAAGUGGUUUGAGGAUUGCAGAUCUGCUUUCUUCAUUUUAAAUAAAUAUUCUACAUUUUCUACACAUACCUUAUUGAAAUGAUGGACAGUUUCACCAGAGCUGAGCUUGAUGAACUGAGCCUCUUUUUUUAUAUGUAUGUGUAUAUAUUUAUAUGCCUUGAUGCAAUAAGGGAGAUAUAUAAACAGAAGCAGGCUUCUAUCCCCGUAUGCCAUUGCUGGUUUGGGAGCCGCACAGGCAGAUUAGAUGCACAUCCUGAGAGAACAUCUGCAUUGCAUUGCAGAUUCCAUGAGGAUGCACCUCAUUCUUGCAGCAUGGAAGGGAAUGCCCAUCCUGAUUUGCUAUCUUAGGCCACCAACUGAUAUGUGCAACACCUUGUGAAGCAUGAUAGUAUCUGUACUGGAGCCACUGUAGUGAUUAUAUAUGAGAAGAAUCACCCCUUUUUUCUUAGGAGCUUUCCUUGCCCACAUUCAUAAAAUUGUAAUACUGCAGAGCAUAUAUUCUGUGCAUAUGGACCAGUCUCAAUUGUGUUCUGCUAAAGUUUUGACACUAUCAACAUUAUCAAUCUUUUUUGUCUCCAGGUUUGGUUUUUGCUAGAAAGUUAGCAAACUAAGCCUUACUUAGAGUAGACCCAUUGAAAUUAAUGAUCCUAAGAUAGUCAUGUCCAUUAACUUCAAAGGGUCUACUCUGAGUAGGACUAACAUUGACUACCAUCCUUAUAUAAAAGAUCUUGCGGUUCUUGAGAGCUGUAACUUCCGUAUGUUGUCAUGCUUAUGAAGACUGGUGCUGUUGAGAUACACUGAAGUUAUUGCCAGUGUGAAAUGAAACUUCUAGACAGACUAUUGAUAUCUGGACUGUUGUGUCCAGACAAAGAUAAAACUGGCUCCAGUUUUAUAUUUUUAAAAUGAGAAUUCAAGGGUGUUGUGCUGUUUUAAAAAAAAGUGCAGUAGUAAAAUCUCAGUACUUUUAAUAGUAAUAUUAGUCAUUGUCCAUGUCCAUUUAUAUCGGCCAUUUUAACAGAAUUCUUUUAUACAGGAAUGAGUUGUGGUUUCAUCAUUUAUCGUGUGCAAGACCUCGGUACACGAGUCCCUGAAAAAUUGCUAAAAAUAAAGUUAGUUUUAGUGGCAAAAAUAGUUCAUUACACUAUGAUUAAGAUAGCAAAUAUGUCAAUACAUUCUGGAGAAUAUCUAUGCCUUGAUUAGGGGAUCUGUGUUAUCUAAUCCAGCAAAUUGCUUCUCAUAUCCAUUCUUAUGAUUAAUUUAGUCAACAAAAGUUAUUAAAUAACCAUUUUCUCUUAUUUCCAUCAUUAGGCCUCUGUUGCCCUUUUUUUCUGUUCUUCUUGUGAAUUUUCUUUAUAAUCCUGGCAAGUAAAUUCUAGGUCUGUAAGCAGUUUAUCCUAAGUAACUCCCUUGGCCAUUGCAAUACUUAAUCUUUAAUUUUGUAAAAAUGUGUAUUGAGGUGCUACUAUUUUUUCCUGUGUGUAUUCUUGAGGGUUUAGUAACUGGAGAUGCCAAUUGUUCCUCCUGUUGCCAGCCUGGAGGAGGUAAAAAGGUGUGUAGAAAAUAGUACUAUGGUAUCAGAAUGUGUUAGGGUGCGAUGCAAGAUAUGGAAUUGGAUGCAUUAGCAUUCCAUCCUUGCUCCUCUAAAUGGCCUAUCAGGAAAACAGUCACUGUCUUUGCAAUUGAAGAGCAAAGAUAAAUUGAGCUGUAAAAAGCAGCCAUGGAGAAUGAUUACUGUGUAGCAAUUUCAUUUGCUGAAAUAUGCACGUUCCAUUAUACUAGUACUGGGAUUAUUCCUCUCUUGGCAUCAGUAGAGUUCUUUGAGUACAACUUACAUUUUUGGUACAAUCACAUGGUAGAAUCCUUUCAGGACUGUACCACUUCAGGCUGCACAUCAAGAACUGCAUUUGUAAAUAUUUGCCUCAUUAAAAAAAAGUCCCUGUGUGUAAAAGGUAUUGUGGAGAAUGAGUCAACCUUUUCCCUGAUAUGGUAGGUUUAUUUACCUGGCUCAUCAUUUAUAAUGAAAUCAUAGAAUAGUAGAUUUGGAAGGGGCCUAAUAAGGCUAUUCAAUCCAUCCCCUUACUCAAUGCAGGAAUCCAUGUUAAAGCAUACCCGACAGGUGGCUGUCCAGCUGCCUCUUGAAUGCCUCCAGUGUUGGAGAGCCCACGACCUCCCAAAGUAAUUGGUUCCAUUGUUAUACCGUUUUAACAGCUAGGAAUUUUUUGGGAAUGUUCAGCUGAAAUCUGGCUUCCUGUAACCCAAGCCCAUUAUUUUGUGUCCUGCAUUCUGGGAUGAUCGAGAAGAGAUCCUGGCCCUCCUCUGUGUGACAACCUUUCAAGUACUUGACGAGUGCGAACAUAUCUCCCUUCUCUUCUCCAGGCUAAAUAUGCCCAGUUCUUUCAGUCUCUCCUCAUAGUGCUUUGUUUCCAGUCACUUGAUCACCCUUGUUUCUUUCCUCUGAACCUGUUCCAAUUUGUCUGUAUGCUUGUUAAAGUGCGAUGACUAGAACUGGAUGCAGUGCUCAAGAUGAGGCCUAACUAGUGCUGAACAGAGGGGAACUAGUAUUUCAUGAGAUCUGGAAACUAUACUUCUGUUAAUGCAGCCUAAAAUGGAAUUUGCUUUUUUUGCAGCCACAUUCACUGUUGGCUUUUUAAGCUGCUCUAGAAUUUUCCUAGGGAUUGAUGUCAGGCUGACUGCUCUGUAGUUUCCAGGCUCCUCCUUUUUGCCCAUUUUGAAGAUAAGGGCCACAUUAGCCCAGUCAUCUAGCACUUCACCCAUUCUCUACGAUUUCACAAAGAUAAUAGACAGAGGUUCCAAGAGUUCUUCAGCCAGUUCCUUCAAAACUCUAGGAUGCAGUUUAUCAAGCCUUGGAGAUUUGAACUCAUUCAAAGUGACUAGGUAUUCCUUGGCCAUUUGUCUAUCAGUCUUAAUCUGCAAUCCUACCCCUUCAACUUCUGCUUCACAUUUCCCAGGAGGGUCAUAGACCCUCUUUUGGGAGAAGACUGAACCAAAGUAGGAAUUAAGCAUUUCUGCCUUUUCUUUGUCAUCUGUUAUCAUUUUGCCAUCCUCAUUGAAUAGCUGUAGCACCAUUUCUUUUUUCUGCCUUUUACUGUGGAUGUACCUGAAGCUUUUUUGUUGCUUUUGGCAUUGCUCGCUAACCUCAGUUAAUUCUCAGAUUUAGCCUUCCUGAUGCCAUCGCUGCAUCCAUGCUACUUGUCUAUAGUCUUCCUUUGUGGCCUAGCCUUCCUUCCACUUCUGUAUGUGUCCUUUUUGUUUUCAGGUCAUCUCUAAACUUUUUUGAAGCCACAUUGGCUUCUUUUGUUGUCUUCCCCCUUUUUUCCUUUUUGAAAUUGUUUGUAAUUGUGCCUUUAGAAUUUGCCUUUUCAGAAAUUCCCACCCAUCUUGGGAACUUUGGGACUGUCUUAUAUGUACUUCCAUCUAAUAAUGGAUAGGGCAUUUCUUAGCUUGAUCUUAUUACUCUUGUUUGAUCUUAUCUAUCUUUUCGUUAUCAAAUGUCAGUUGUGAACAAUAUCAUUCUGGAAGCUUUCACCCUUUUUAAUUAGUAUUUUUCUGCUCCCAACUCUGCUGCAGAUUGCAAAGAGGGAGCUCCCAGGCAUCCCCCCCCCGACCAUGCAGGCCCGCGACACCUGCCUGCAUGCCCCACCUACCUCUCCCAUUGUGGUGAAUGCUGGCCACGCUUGCACCCCCAUGCCUGCAAACAACCAAGAUGGCAGCCGAGGCUUCUCUAAGUGGCUGAUGCCCUUGCCGCCAUCUUGGUUAAUGGCAGGCAUGGUCAUGCAGCAGAGCCAGCAUUCACUGGAGUGGGAGAGGUAGGUGGCACAUGUGGGUGGGCGUCAUGGGCCCAGGGCAGGCUGGUGUCCAAGGGCCCAGUCAUGCCUGAUGCCAGCCCUGUCUGGAUUCAUGACCCCAGCUAGGGCUCUUAAAAUGUUUCUCUUAGUUAACUUUUUUUUAAUAAGUCCAUUUGGCCAGUACAGUGUGCCCAAUUUACCAAUGCAAUAUAAAUUCCAUUUUCUCAUACUGUGGGAUCUUUUAUAGAAAACCACUAGAAUAUAUUUUAUGAUUUUAAAAAAUGCAUUAAUGUGUUCUAUAAAAGGUACUAUAAGCUGUAUCAAUGCAAAUCCUUUACUGAGAGCACAGAU